GCUACCAUUAUUUUUCAGUCUACACAUUGUUUUGUUUUAUGCCACUUGCUAUUUCCUUACCAGCUGCUUUAUAGUAACUAAAUCCCAGCAAUGCUAUAAAGAUAUUAGAAAGAAUACUUUAUUCAAAAGCCUAUGAAUCAGGGGGUUGUGUAAAGAGGUUACUGUAAUCUAAAUGCCCUGAAGUCAGUGGAAUGCACCCAGUGCCUCCCAGAGGAGAUUUGGCAGGCCCCCAGGCAGCUCUGGCCUAGGAGACAUUGAGGGACCCAGCCAGGUCUUCAGCAGCAUCAGCAGAGCAGACAUGGAGGAGGCUCUGGGACAGUUCUUCAUCUUUGUAGGGCUGCUGGUGUGCCUGGUCUGCCUGGCUAAAUGCAUAAAAUUCUCCCGAUGCAUUUUUCUGAGCUUCUGGAAAGUGUGGCCAAAGUCCUUCUUGCAAUCAAUGGGCCAAUGGGCAGUGAUCACUGGAGCAGGAGAUGGCAUUGGAAAAGCAUACUCAUUUGAGCUGGCAAAACAUGGACUCAACAUUGUGCUUAUCAGCCGGACACUGGGAAAACUACAAGCCAUUGCCACAGAGAUUGAAUGUACUACAGGAAGAAAGGUGAAGGUUAUACAAGUAGACUUUACCAAAGAUGACAUCUAUGAGUAUAUUAAAGAAAAACUUGAAGAUUUAGAAAUUGGCAUUUUAGUCAACAAUGUCGGGAUGCUUCCAAACCUUCUCCCAAGCCAUUUCCUUAGCACCUCGGAUGAAAUUCAGAGUCUCAUCCAUUGUAACAUCACCUCAGUAGUCAAGAUGACACAGAUAAUUCUGAAACAGAUGGAAUCAAGGCAGAAAGGUCUCAUCUUGAACAUUUCUUCUGGGAUUGGCCUCUGCCCUUGGCCUCUCUACUCCCUAUACUCAGCUUCCAAGGCUUUUGUGUGCAUGUUUUCCAAGGCUCUACAGGUGGAAUAUAAAGCAAAAGGAAUCAUUAUCCAGGUGCUGACUCCAUACGCUAUUUCAACCCCGAUGACAAAGUAUCUCAGUACCAACAUGAUAACCAAGAGUGCUGAUGACUUCGUUAAAGAAUCACUGAAUUAUGUCACGAUUGGAGAUGAAACCUGUGGCUGCCUUGUGCAUGAGAUCUUGGCGGGCCUCCUGAACCUGAUUCCAUCCUGGACUUUCUACAGCAGUACCUUCCAGAGGAUGCUUCUGACCCACUACACACACUACCUGAAGAAAAACACCAAUGGCAGCUAG